AUGCAGGCAACCAAACAACUUGUAGAUGACGCAUUAGAGCCUGUUUUUGCUCAACCAGACUGGGUUGAGAAGUGUAUGCCAUGCAGAAUAUCAUCUUCAGUGGUGGCCGUAUCUUCUUCCUCCUGGCGGUCCCGACAUCCGCGCGAGCCCAGCCUCCAGUCCGCCCCGGCCGCCGUGCUGCUGCGGUGCUGCCACCGGACGCCGGCCCCUGCCUCUCCGACUCCGCUCCGGCCAACACUCAACCCUGGCCCCGCCACUGCCCGAGAGCACAGAUUGGGGAUAGGGGGUGCUAUGCUUCGCCUUGGCCUCCAUCCUUGCCCCCACUUCUCUCCGCCGCCAUCCCACCCCACCCUCCCCCGCCGGUUGGCCGCCUCUCCGCUCCCAAGGCCACCCUUUCCAUCCGCCGUCACCGCGCCCCGAGCUCGAAACCCUCCGCUUCAGGCCGCCGUCAGCGGAGCCGCCUCCGGAGAGGAACGGCGGGGCGCGGAUGGGGACGAGGAAGGCGCGGACCUGCACGAGGCGCUCACCAAGACGCGGCGGCUCGUCGAGUGCGCCAUGUUCGCAUCCGUUGCCGGUCUCGCCUACUUCCUCAGCAACUCCCUCGCCAUCGAGAAUUACUUCAGCUGUUUUUUUCCGUUGCCAAUAGUCAUCUCCUCCUUAAGAUGGGGAUUAGAAGCCGGCAGGAAAACUAUGGUGGCUACUGUUUUACUGCUCUUCACAUUGUCUGGCCCUGUCAAAGCGUUGACUUAUCUGCUUAUGCAUGGAGUAGUUGGUCUAUCCAUGGGUACUAUGUGGAGGUUGGAGACCAAUUGGAUUGUUUCCAUCAUAAUCUGCGCAAUUAUACGUGCAGUGGGAGCUUGUGGAUAUGUGUUAGUGACAUCGUUCUUGAUACGAGAAAAUAUUUUUCAGUUGAUAACCGUUAACAUACAUGCCUCCUUGACGUACAUUCUGGCGGCGGCUGGUGUGAACACGAUUCCAUCCAUGGAUGCAAUAUAUGUUAUCUUUGGGACACUGGUUCUGCUCAAUUCUGGAUUCUUUGUCUUCAUACUGCAUAUAAUUUACACAAUCUUCCUGACUAAGCUGGGAAUCAAGCCUUCACUGAGGCUUCCACGAUGGCUGGGGAAAGCAACGUCUAGUUGAUAGGUAGAAUGCCACCAUACUAAUUUGUAGUUGAAGAUUUGCUCCCAUGGCCUUUGUAAUAUGAGCAUUGUUGUCCGGCUUCCUGGUAGAUGAUUGUGGUUUUACCGACAAGAUUUUUGUUGGUUGUGAUUCUGCAUUGGUGGCAUUGACUGAUCGACAAGUGUUGUAGAACUUGUGAGACUUGUCGAGUAUAUUGCCUCGGUCACGUCUUUCAUUUAAACUUUUGUAUUUUUGCAGUGUUUCUGUUAAUAUAUAAUUUAGAAUUUUGGGGCAUUA